AUGAUGAACCUCGCAUAUACGAAUUUAGAACCCUUUCUAACGUUUCUCAAAACCAAACGCCAUAACAAACUCUUUCUAAAACAACCACAAGUCUCUUGCUUUUGUUUGAUCGUCUUCUUCUCCGUCAACUUUUUACUUCUCCCUGCAACCAACGCUGUCUCUGCAUCGAUUGUAUCGCCAAAGCCCAAAUCAUUCGCUUUCUUUUGCUUUAUAAGUAAUAAUGGCUGCAACUAUGUUCCACCAAGCCAUUGUUUAAAAUUCGGAACUGGACCAUUGAAAAGAGAACAUUAUUGCUCUAGAAAGAGAAGUUGCGGAUCAAUUCAAUCAUCAUCAUCAUCAUCAUCAUCAUCUUAUCAAACUUCAGAGUGCAAUCCAUUAAAUGGCAACUCUUCCAAGAAACCAAGUGAAGCAGCUUUGAUAUUGAUUAGGCAUGGUGAGUCUCUUUGGAAUGAGAAGAACCUGUUCACAGGUUGUGUUGAUGUGCCAUUGACAAAGAAAGGUGUAGAGGAAGCCAUUGAAGCUGGAAAAAGAAUAAGCAAUAUACCAAUUGACAUGAUUUAUACAUCUUCCUUGAUUCGUGCACAAAUGACUGCUAUGCUUGCCAUGACUCAACAUCGUCGCAAAAAGGUGCCUAUUGUGAUGCAUGAUGAAAAUGAACAAGCCAAUGCUUGGAGUCAAAUUUUCAGUGAAGAAACAAAGAAGCAGUGUAUACCGGUUGUGACAGCUUGGCAACUAAAUGAAAGAAUGUAUGGGGAACUACAGGGUUUAAAUAAGCAGGAAACAGCAGAUAAAUAUGGAAAAGAACAAGUGCAUGAAUGGAGGCGUAGUUAUGAUAUUCCUCCACCAAAUGGGGAGAGUUUGGAAAUGUGUGCUGAAAGAGCUGUUGCUUACUUUACACAACAAAUUGAACCUCAACUGCGAGCAGGAAAGAAUGUAAUGAUUGCUGCACAUGGGAAUUCCUUGAGAUCCAUCAUAAUGUAUCUUGACAAACUCACUUCUCAAGAGGUGAUAAGUUUGGAAUUAUCAACGGGGAUACCGAUGCUUUACAUUGCCAAAGAGGAAAAAUACAUCAGAAGAGGAAGUCCAGCAGCUCCUACUGAGGCUGGUGUCUAUGCGUAUACUAAGAAUUUGGCUAAAUACAGGCAGAAGUUAGAUGAGAUGCUGCAUUAAUUAAUGUUGGAAGAAUCUCACCUGCUUAAUUAUAAACAAUGAAAUUUAGCUUAGACCGACCCAUAUAUGAAUGAACAUUGGUGAAGCAGUGGAAAAGCAAAUUCUCUCCUGCUUUAUUAAUUGAAAAUAAAAUAUUUUUCUGUUAGUUAUUUAAAUACUGGAUGAUGGCUUUUUAUUUAUAGAAAGGAGUUCAUGGUGUGGUUAUUAACCAACUUUUGAUCCCUAAGAAGUUGUUUACAGUUAGACAUCUGUGAGAUUUGAACUCGAAAUCUUUCAACAUAUAUAUUACAACCUGAAAACAAUUGAUGUUUUCCUUUUCAGUUAUAGUUACGAUUGGUAAAAUAAAGUACAUUGUAAUUUUGG